UAGUAAUGUAAGUUUGUCAAGGAAGUUAUCAACCGUGCAACAUCUGUACCGGCUCAUAAUCAAAUUGAAGACAGCCACGCAAACUGAAUCUCAUCAAGAUGCUCGACUCUUCUUAAGUAAUCAAGAAAACUGCGUCCUCCCCCAAAAGACAGCAUGGAGGAUGAUGAGACUGAUACACCUAUCUACACUACCAGUGCCUGGACAGUGUCGACGACUAUGUAUCCGCUGACGUCAUCAGGUGGUGGAAUGGACACCAAGGUCAAUGGAUCUUCAUUUACCGAAAGUGGUAUGUUGAUAACUACACCAGGCGGUCGGAUGCCAGUCGGAAACAUUACCACAACAGCAUUCCCUCUUGGACUUCUGGAGGCACUGAACGACGAUAAAGCUCUGCUGUUCCUUCCGGUUAUCAUCUUCGUCGCUUUUCUGAUGUUGACGGGUGUUAUCGGAAACAUUCUUGUCAUUUAUGUUUAUUGUCGUAAAUAUAAGAGUCGAUCGUCUAACUAUUUUAUUGUUGCCAUGGCAGUGUUUGAUCUUUUGUCCAGUACGAUAUGCAUGCCCAUCGACAUUUACGAUGUCAGGUUCCACUACACUUUCUACAGCGCUUUGGCUUGUAAGCUCUUUCGUUACUCUCAGAACGUAACCACGUUCGGGUCGGUUAUAAUCUUGAUCGAAAUUGCGUUUGAUCGCUAUGUCAAAAUCUGCAGACCUCUGAGGAUGGUAACGGCGCUCAAGACGAAGAUUCUCUGUGCUGUAGCAGGAAUUUUGGCCAUAAUUUUGUCGGUUCCAGCAUUAAUACUGUUCGGUAUCACCAGGGCUCCAACGCACGUGACUGGAUUGUACGGACACGACUGCUCAGUAUCAGACGAAUACAAAGAAAGUUUGUUUCGCGACAUCUUCUACAAAUACUUCAUCCCUCUAGUGUUUGGUGUGGCUUUCAUACUACUAGCCGGAUUGUAUAUCCGUAUUUGGUAUGAAAUCAGACGCAGAAAAGACAUCAUCAUUGGCGACAAGCCUGCAUCAUCUAAUCGACCAAGCGACGAACAUCCAGACGGUGGACAUUACAUUGUUAAAAGGCCCCGAUAUGCCUCAAGUGUCAGCGACGACGAGUCAAGUGUAUUUACAAACAAUAAAAGAUCUUUCAAAAGAUCUUUGUCAAAUACAUCACGCAAGUCAAGGUUCGGAAGUAUAUCUGAAGCUCUGUCGCAAGUAAAAGUCUCCAGAACAACAAAGAUAUUCAUAGCGGUCACCGUGGCAUUCGUUCUUAGUUAUCUGCCGACGAUGGUGGUGCAGGUGUUUGUAUCUCGACAAAAAGGUUCUGUUUUAGAAAUCUCUGAGGAGAAACAGCUUAUUCUGAAACUUUUUGCUCGCUCUUACUACAUUAACAACGUGAUAAACCCUGUCAUAUACAGUUUUCUAAAUAUCAACUUCCGCACGCAUUGCUCAAAGCUGUUCACGUCGGCCAUUACCAGUUGUAAGGGGUCCUUCCAUCGACGGACAAGUUCGUUCAGAGGAUCUUUUCGCAAGGUUAACGGAACACGAUCUGACUCUAAUAAAAGUAAUCCUACCAAUGACUUUGAGAUGGACCAGUUGAAGUAACACUGUUCUGCUAUCGUACCUACGCAUGGUGUUUAGAGUUUGAUUUUCUGUAAAUAGAAAACAGAACUUGUAAGUGUAGCUUCAUCCAGCAAUAAUAUUAGUCAAUAAUAUAGCCAAAACGGAGAAUGUAUUGAAUAAUUGGGCGCCAAAUUCAAGAGGUACCAUAGCAACUAAUCAGUUCAAAGACACUAGUUUUUAACUUGAGUGCUUUUCUUUUUAGAAAAUAUACAACACGACUAAUUGGUUAUUAUUUAUAUCCGUUCUAGUGAUUUAAGUUUCAUGUUUACUCUUCUGCUAACAGAUUUGAUACAUUCACACAAACACACCCGCUCCCCUCUUGUUAUAGUUGUUUUUUGUUCUACUGGAUUCCUAUUAGAUUGUAUUGUUAUACUUGUAAUAUGAUAUACAUGUAUUUGUUACUUUUUAAACAGUGAUCUCCAUAUAUUAUACAAAGUCAUUUUAUUCCUUUUGUAAAUAUGUUUGAAUCGGCUUUGUCAUCGUUAUAUAUUCAUUUUUAUCUAUAUGUACAUCUUAUUGACAUUGAAGAAAUGCUCAGUCGUGUUCGAUUUGCGUUACAUUUGUUCGUUGAUGAGGAAAUGAAAUGAUGCAUAUUUAAACAAAGCUCUGCCCGACAGUAACAUUUCAACUUCAGUUAGAAAUUUCUUGUCAAACUGAAAUGUACAGCAAAGGCAUGCCAUAGAAAUACUUUAACGAGGAUACUUAACGUACAUAUAUGAUAUUUUCAUAGAUAUUAUGAUAUAUAUAUUUCUCUAUAUUUCAAUUACACCAUUUUCACAUUCUAUAACAUAUUUCUAUUUUCUGUAAACUGGGCAAUUUCUAAUUGUGUUUCUUUUUCUUUCUGUAUACUUGUAUAUGAAUGAAUUGUUUACAUUGGUUCCACUCUCUUUCCUCUGUCUCUCUCCUUUGUCCAUCUUCUCUGUCAAUGCCCUCCUCUUCUGUCCCUCAACCCUGUCCCAAUACUUUGUCCUUAUCCCUUGCCCUCUCCCCUGUCCCUCACCUCUGUCCUUCACUUCUGUCUUUCUCCUCUGUUCUUCACCCCUGCCUCUCUCCUCUCUCAUGUUUUUUGGUACUAUCUUCAGUCAAUUCACCCUUUACAUUCGGUUGAAAUGUACUUGAAUAUUGCGAGCUUUCAUAAAACAAGAUUCACGUUUAUUAUAUCACUAUAUAUCACACCUGUAUAAUUUUGACUUACAUAUAAUCAAUCUUUAUUCAAUAAUGAUCGGUACUGACAAGAAUACUGAUGUUUGUUUGAUAAUAAACUAUUUGGAACAAAAUA